CCCACUCCUCCUUCUUCGCAGGGAGAGCUGACUUGAUGCGCAUAACAAAUCAUCUCUGCAAGACCCCUCUCUCUAAGCCCAGUUUCAGACCGAGGUGUGCUGGAUUUCAGAGCGUAAACAGAGGCGAGAGUUUAGCCUCGUAACAAGAGGGGGUCUUUUAAAUGUGAUUCGGCACUGCAAACAACGUGGGUGUUGUACGUUUUUUUUUUUUUUUUUUUUUUCUUUUUUUUCUUUAUCGUGGGGAGUGGAGGAAAACCGGCAGAGCAGCGAUAUGAAACGCGUGUGUUUAUGCCUCCUGCGUUUCCCGUUAUCUGUGACUGACCACAGGCUUAAUUUCACCUGUAUGAACGACCUUGCAAUUGUGACCGAAAUUUUCCUAACGAGGUUUCCAUGGAGGAUCAAUCAGACUAUUUUUCUCUGAGGGCUGAAUUUGACUCCCACUGGUCUGAAGAUCUUUCAGGAUAGGAGGUCCCGCUCCUCUCCAUCUGAGAACAAAAGUGCUAUUUCAAAGCUUAUUGGAUGAAAGUCUCAUUUACCCCUGGCUGCCAAAGAUGAUGCUGCCAUGGAAACAGCUUCUACUGUUAUCAAUCAUCCACUGUCUGACAGAUUGUCUGGACAGUGGAUCAUACCAUGGGCCGCGGUGGAGGAUGGAGCCAGCUGACUUGUUCAUCCCAGUCGAGUCCAUUGAAGAAGAAGCCACCCUUACCUGUGAUGCUAAGGGAACACCACCUCCUCAGUACAGAUGGUCAUUGAACGGGACUCUCAUAAAUCUGGGCUUGGAUCGUCGGCGACGUCUGUCUGGGGGCAACCUCAUUAUAAGCAGUCUGGACCGUUACCAGGAUGCAGGGAUGUACCAGUGUAUGGCCUACAACACUGUAGGAGCUAUACUCAGCAGGAGAGCGAGCCUACAGUUUGCCUAUUUGGAUCAUUUUAAAGUUCACACCAGAAGCGCUGUAUCAGUCCGAGAGGGACAAGGAGUGGUGUUACUGUGUGGGACGCCUACUUCCUCUGGAGACCUUACUUAUGCAUGGGUCUUCAAUGAGUACCCAUACUUUGUUCAGCAAGACAAUCGGCGAUUCGUCUCCCAGCAGACGGGGAAUCUUUAUAUUGCCAAGGUGGAGCCCUCUGAUGUGGGUAACUACACUUGUGUAGUGAUGAACAGCAUCACGAAGGGCAAGGUUCAGAGCUCACCAACAUCUCUGAUCCUCAGGACAGAUGGAGUGAUGGGUGAAUACGAGCCGAAAAUAGAAGUUAAUUUCGCAGACAAUGUACCUGCUGCAAAAGGCUCAACAGUGACACUGGAGUGUUUCGCCCUUGGGAACCCUGUCCCAGAAAUCACCUGGAGGAGGGCUAAUGGAAUCCCCUUCCCCAGCAAAGUGAAGAUGAAGUACUCAAAUGCUGUGCUGGAGAUUCCAAGCUUCCAGCAGGACGAUACAGGAGGGUACGAGUGUGUUGCUGAGAACAAGAUGGGGAAGAACACGGCUGCUGGUCGUCUGGCUUUUUAUGCCAAGCCUCAGUGGAUCCAGACCAUGAAGGACACUGCCCUGGCCAUAGAGGAGAAACUGUUCUGGGAGUGCAGAGCCAAUGGCAAGCCCAAACCCUCCUACGCUUGGCUGAAGAAUGGCCAGCAACUUCUCUCUGAGGAUAGGAUCCAUGUGGAGGACGGGGUCCUGUCAGUGUCGGCGCUGACACUAUCUGAUGCUGGCAUGUACCAGUGUGUGGCUGAAAACAAACACGGCGUCAUAUAUUUUGCUACUGAACUAAUGGUUUUAGCCUCUCCUCCAGACUUCACAGGGAACGUCCUCAGAGCUUUGCUCAAAGCCAAGGCAGGAACUACCGUGACUUUAGACUGUAAACCACAAGCCUAUCCCAUAGCCAGCAUUUUAUGGAAGAAAGGAAACCUGCCUAUCCACACCAAUGACAGGAUCACCCUUUCCCCAGAUGGAACGCUGAGGCUUGCAAACGUGAGCAAAUCUGAUGCAGGCAGUUACACAUGCUUUGCAAGGAAUAGAUUUGGCAUGUCAAGUACAACUGGAAGGCUGCUGGUUACGGAUCCAACCAGAAUCAUCCAGGGGCCGGUGGACAUGGAGAUCAUUGUUGGCGAGAGCAUUGUUUUACCCUGCCAGGUCGCCAGUGACCCCGUCCUUGAUGUUUCAUUCUCCUGGGCCUUCAACGGACAGCUGAUCGCCAAGGGAGACAGUCACUUUGAGCUGGUGGGAGGGAGAACAGCAGGAGAUCUGAUGAUCAGGAACAUUCAGCUUUACCAUGCUGGCAAAUAUAUCUGUGUGGUGGACACGGAUGUGGAGAGCCUGUCAGCCGUAGCUGUAUUGAUUGUGAAAGGCCCCCCCAGCCCUCCAGACUCGGUGAUGGUGGAGGAGGUGACAGACAGCACAGCUCAGCUGGCGUGGAGCUCCGGCAAAGAUAACGGCAGCCCCAUCACCAAUUACCUCAUUCAGACCAGAACGCCCUUCACUGUGGGAUGGCAGAGGGUUAACACAGUCCCAGAGAUUAUCGAUGGAAACACUCUGACAGCCACUGUAGUGGAUCUCAAUGCCUGGGUGGAGUAUGAGUUUCGGGUAUUGGCUAAAAACAGUGUUGGAGUUGGAGAGCCCAGCCCUGUGUCUGUCAAGACCAGAACAGAAGAUGCAGUUCCAGAUGCAGCACCAGGUGAUGUGGGUGGAGGAGGUGGAAGCAGAUCUGAACUGGUCAUCACAUGGGAGCCUGUUCCCGAAGAACUUCAGAAUGGUGAGAGCUUUGGUUACAUCAUUGCUUUCCGUGCCUUCGGAGAAGUUAGCUGGACACACGUGGCUACUUCUGCUCCCGGUGCAUCUCGGUAUGUGUACCGAAACGACAGCAUUGCACCCUUCUCUCCGUUUCAUGUCAAGGUUGGCACUUACAACAGCAAAGGACAGGGUCCCUUCAGCCCUGUAGUCACCAUCUACUCUGCAGAGACAGAGCCAAGUGGAAUGCCAGCGGGAGUUUGGGCCAGAAGUGUCUCAGCCUCUGAGAUUGAGGUGAAUUGGCAGGCUCUCUCCAUCACCCCUGAAAGGGUUCUGGGCUAUGAGGUUGUUUACUGGGAGGAUGACACUAAACCAGAGACCAUGGGGAAGGUUAGGGUGCCUUGGAACCAAACCUCGGUCACAGUGAGUGGCUUGGCAGGAAACACACAGUAUUUUCUAACAGUUAGCGCCUUCAACACGGCGGGUACCGGCCCAUUCCUCCCUGCAAUCAAUGUUACGACAAAAAAGCCACCACCGACCCAACCACCGCUGAAUAUUGAAUGGACCCUAAUUGGUUCUCAGCUGUCUCUUUACUGGGAACCUGUGGUGGCAAUGGAAUCAGAAUCAGACGUUACAGGCUAUCAACUUUCAUACAGGAGAGAGAGACAGAGAGAGAUAAACACACUCACAACAACCAAUUCAACAGCAGAGCUGAUGCUCCCCGAGGACGAUGAAGAAUACAUCAUCCGCAUUCAGACUCUGAGUGAAGGAGGCCUGGGUCCAGCUUCAGAUCCUAUACGAAUCCACAAACUGAGUAUGAGUGCCCGUGGCUCCGGAGCCUGCAGUGUGGACUUCUCUUCUCUCUCCUUGUUCUUUGCCAUCACAAUAUCUACAUUCAGGUCAACAUUGUGACACAACGUGACUCUCCUCUGUUUGCCAACAUUCAGUAUUGGUCUUUUUUUUUUCUUUUUCUUUUUUUUUUUUUUUAACUAUGGAGGCGGCAAAGUUUUUUGCUUUUUCUUCUGUU